UGAAGCAGAGGCCACGGAGAGGUGCUGCUUUCUGGCUUGCUCCCCAUAGCCUUGCUCUGCUUGCUUUCUGACACAAACCAUGACCACGUUGCUCAGGGGUGGCACCACUUUCACAGUGGGCUGGCCCCUUCCACAUCAAUCAGGAAUCAAGAAAAUGCCCCCCACAGACUUGCCUACAGGCCAACCUGAUGGAGGCAGUCCCUCAGUUGAGAUCUCAGCUAACUCUAGCUUGGAUCAAGUUGAAAACACAAACACAAACAACUAACUACAGAACAGGUCAUCAGGCUCAACCCAACUCACUUUCAACAGACCUAAUCAAAAGCUGGAGCUUCUUAAGCUGUUAAGUAGAAAAAUCAGUUUGGAAAAUUUACACAGAAAUUGUUGGGAAGUCACAGGAACAAGUUCCAGUUGUGAAGGGAGCAAAGCCCGUGAAUCACAUUGCAAAGGCGCCCUCUGAGACUGUGGCUGUGGAUGCUAUUGCCAGGCUGCUGAGGCUGUUGCCAUGGAAGCUGGCUGACUGAUGUGCCUGUACAUCACUUCCUUUCCAUACAGAGCCUGCAGGCAAAUCUGUCUGUCUGGGUACCUGAGGUCAGGGCCACGUUUGAUGUCUACACAGGUUGUGCAUUGCACAAAUCCCAAAAAGUGACAGCCUGCAUGCAUCUGUGCUCUGGAGACAAGGGGUCUUGGGAAAGCAUGCAGGAAGAGUCACACAGCACUGGGCCCUCUUGGGGUCUGGUUGCUUACCUUGGCUUUGCAUCCCAGUCGUGCUGGAUGUGGGAAGCAUGGCUGAUACUCCAAAGGAAGGAAAACUGACCAGAUUUCUGGACUUCACCCAGCUGAUUGACAUGGCCUCUGAGUGCGUGGGAGGAAAGGUUUUGUUUGCGACGGAUGACUUUUUCGCCCCUGCAGAAAACCUCAUAAAGAGCAGUAGUCCGAGUUUUAAGGAACAUGAAUAUACCCAGUUUGGGAAAUGGAUGGAUGGAUGGGAGACCAGGCGGAAGCGGAUUCCAGGUCAUGACUGGUGUGUCAUCCAGCUGGGGGUACAGGGCAUUAUCCGUGGCAUCGACGUGGACAUUUCUUACUUCUCAGGGAGCUAUGCUCCCCGCGUGUCAAUUCAAGCAGCAAACUUGAAUGAAGAAAAAGUGCCAGACAUCCCACCAAGAGGAGUCAAGACAGGAGCUGCAGCGACACCUGAGGAGUUUGGAGUCAUUAGCGAGCUAAAAUCAGACUCCUGGGAGUACCUGGUUCCCAUGUCAGAGCUUAAGCCAGGGGACCCUGACUCCAGCCACAACUAUUUUUUGGUCAAUUCCCAGCAGAGAUGGACUCACAUAAGACUCAACAUCUUCCCAGAUGGUGGCAUCGCACGCCUCCGAGUGUACGGUACUGGACAGAGGGACUGGACUUCAUCGGGCGCCAAGGAUCCUGUAGACCUUGUGGCCAUUGCUUUUGGGGGAGUCUGUGUAGGAUUUAGUAAUGCGCACUUUGGUCAUCCAAAUAAUAUGAUAGGUGUUGGCAAGCCCAGGUCCAUGGCAGACGGCUGGGAAACUGCGAGGAGGCUGGACAGACCCCCUGUGUUAGAAAAUGAUGAGAACGGCCUUCUCCAGGUCCCGGGUUGUGAGUGGGCGGUGUUCCGAUUGGCACAUCCUGGAGUCAUCACCCAAAUUGAAAUCGAUACGAAGUACUUUAAAGGCAAUUCUCCCGACAGCUGCAAAGUGGAUGGGUGCAUCCUGACCACGCAGGAAGAGGAAGAAAUGAUCAGGCAAAAGUGGGAUCUUCCUGCUCAUAAGUGGAAGCCACUGCUUCCGGUCACCAAGCUAUCUCCCAAUCAAAAUCACCUGUUGGACAGCCUGACCCUGGAGCUCCAGGAUGUCAUCACUCAUGCCAGAAUUACCAUCACCCCGGAUGGGGGCAUAAGCCGCCUUCGGCUCAAGGGCUACCCCAGUUCCAUCUGUUUGCUGCGGCCCCUCCGGGAGAAGCCCAUGCUGAGGUUCUCUCUGGGCUUCAGGGCAAAUCUUUAAUUUGUCAUCAUCCACCCACUGUCCUCAGUGUUCCAAACACCUGGUGGUUCAAUAAAGCGAUCACCCAACUCACGGGUCUGUGUCUCCAGCUGCCACCCAGUUGGGAGCUUAAAAACUGGCCAUGGCUAGGAAUGGCGG